AUGUGGCGACAAGGAAUUCCUUAUUGUAUACCAAUGCUAUUUGCAGAUGAUUUCACCCUGCUCUGCCGUAGCACAAACUUUGCUCUUAUUCAAAAAUGUAUACAAAAUUCAACUAACAAGCUUAUGUCUUGGUCUAAAUUGUCUGGCUUUCGUUUUUCUUCAUCCAAAACUAACCUCUUAAUCUUCAACCAAAAAAUAAAAUCACAAAAAAUCUCCAUCAACAUCGGAGACCGUACAAUACAAGAUCAACCUAGAGUUAAAGUUUUAGGUAUAACAUUCGACAGCAAAGCCUCAUGGAUUCCACAUAUCCAAAACUUAAAAAAUUCCAUCAACUCCAGACUUAACAUAAUAAAAAUACUGGCCCACACCUCUUGGGGCGCCCAAUCUUCUACCCUCUUGAAAAUACACAAAGCCUUUAUCCUUUCCAAAAUGGAUUAUGGGGCUCCUUUAUUGUCCACUGCCAAAGUUUCUCAUUUAAAUUCACUGGAGACUAUACACAACACGGGAAUUCGUCUAUCCAUCGGCGCCUUCCACUCCAGCCCCAUUCCUAGCAUCCAUGCAAUAGCAGGCAUUCCAUCUCUAGCAACACGAUGGGAAGAACAAACGUCCAAAAAAGCAGCCAAAAUGUCAAGACUGCCACGAGACAGCACAUAUCAUCCUAAAUACUCUUCUAAUAAUAUAUACACAAAAUACGAUCUCGAAAACAUAAUUCCGGCCGAAACCCCUUUAUGUCCACAUUGGUCUUUUUCAAUGAAUAUUGACCUAGACCUGCACCAAUUUCCAAAAAAGUUCACAUGCCCCAACACAUUUAAAAACCUAUUCAAGGAAAAACUCUCACUAACUCAUACUCAUACACAAAUAUAUACCGACGCUUCUCUCUCGGAGGGCAGAGUUGGUAUGGCCAUCAUUCAUGAUGACAACCAGAUCCAAUGGAGACUCUCGGAAAAAUGCUCCAUAUAUACAGCUGAAGCUCUAGCUAUUUUCAAAGCCAUCAAAUACACUAUUUCAGAAAUAAAUAAUAACAAUAUCACAAUUUAUAGUGAUUCACUAUCUACUCUUACUAGUCUUAAAAAUGUCCAAAAUUCUACCGAAGUAGUCAGGAAAAUUCAUAACGCCCACUAUAAAGCAUAUCUAUCAGGCAAAAACAUUUCGUACUCAUGGAUUCCUGGUCACUGUUGCAUCGAUGGUAAUGAACGUGCGGACAAGGCCGCCAAACAAGCUUACACAAAUACUAAUAUUCUCUACUCCUACCUCUUCUCUUACAGCGAUAUAAAAAAGGUCAUCGAAAGGGAUACAUGUCAACAAUGGGAAACACAAUGGAACAAUAUGACCACGAAGCUUAAUGAAAUUAAAAGAUCAAUACUACCCUGGACUUUUCCUGUCAACACCCCAAGAAAAUACGAGACAGCUAUUAACCGCCUCAGAAUCGGACACACACGUCUUACACACGCACACUUAAUAAAAAAAGAGGACCCCUCAUUUGCAUAUGCUGUGGAGUCCCUCUUACAGUCAAACAUAUAA